AAGACCACCACCUCCUUCGAACCACAUCUCGAAAUUUACCGGAAUAAAUGUCUCCUGUAGCAAUCGAUCUCUCUAGCAACCCCACGGUCCCGCCUGUGUCCCAAGAAGUAGUGACCGGUACUCGUGAAGAGGAUGUGUUCCCCGACCAGCUGUCGUUCAAGUGCGCAGUGACCGAAUCCAAGGGUCCGAGACGUUUCAUGGAAGACGCCCACUCCAUAAUCGUCCCCUUCACCGGCAUCCACGGGCAGGGCUUCUUCGCAAUAUUCGAUGGGCACGCAGGAAAGCAUGCAGCAGAGUGGUGUGGGCAGAAUUUUUCCCUGUGUCUCCUCAAUGCCUUGCGCCAGUCUCCACAAGAUCCAAUCCCAGAUAUACUAAACCAAACGUUCCACGAUGUGGACGUCAAUCUCACGAAGCUCUCGGAAGAGUCGGAAGGCAAGAUGCAUUCGGGCUGUACCGCCGUCACCGCCUUCCUGCGUCUAGAAGACGCAGACGGCAAGCAGUCCUUCCUCCCCACUGGCUUCGACCCGCUUGCCGUGACGGCAGACAUGAUUGAGGGAGACGCGGAGAGCGGCGAAGAGAGCCCAGAGAGCACGACGUCGACGAAGCAGUCGAAACGCAGUAAGCUCAAGAAUGCGCUACGCAGCCUCGGCCCGUCGUCUCACAAUCGCCGUGCCUCCCAACCAGACUCUGCUUCGCCAACCUCACCACAACAGUCCCUGCCGGCGAAGGACAAGGAGCGCAUAUACACCCCGACCCCGGAUCUCCGCCUGCGCCGCGUGCUCUACUGUGCGAACGCGGGUGAUGCGCGUGGCGUGCUGUGCCGCGCCGGCAAGGCUGUCCGCCUCACGUACGACCACAAGGGUACCGACAAGCAAGAAGCAAAACGCAUCAUGGACGCUGGCGGCUUUGUCAUGAGCGGUCGCGUUAACGGUGUGCUCGCCGUUACUCGCUCCCUAGGCGAUUCGUCAAUGAAGGAGUACGUCGUCGGCGCGCCAUACACGACCGAGACGGACCUCACAGAGGAAGAUGAGUUCAUGAUCCUGGCAUGUGAUGGGCUCUGGGAUGUCGUGGAUGACCAAGGCGCUGUCGACAUUGCGCGGUUUAUCGCGGACCCGAAGAAGGCCGCCGACGAAUUGCUCGACCACGCGUACCGCAAUUAUUCGACGGACAACGUCACCGUACUCGUCGUCCGCUUCCGGAAUCCUCCUCGGUCCCAGUGAUCUUCCUUGCCGUGCGCGACUCGCCGUACGUUGACCCACUCGUACUUGCACCUGCAUCCCUUUUUCCUUUGGCUCUAGUGUUGUAUCAUGUUCUCGAUGGUUCGAUCGUGUCGAUCAUGGCUGUGUUUUUGCAUUCUCUGGUAUGGCACUGUUACCUGGAGGCGGACAGGUCGGACAUUCCUGCUCCUCUACUGAAUUGUUUCGUCGGGAGAAAUUGUACAUGUCAUUAUAUUAUACCGC